AUGAAAGAGGUUGUGAGAGUGGAAGUCUUGAAGCUUUUGAAUGAUGGAAUUAUUUAUGCCAUUUCUGAUAGUUCAUGGGUGAGUCCGGUUCAAGUGGUACCAAAGAAAGGAGGAAUGGCGGUUGUAAUGAAUGAAAAUAAUGAAAUAAUUCCAACUCGUACUGUGACGGGGUGGAGACUGUAUGGUUAUUCGGGAUAUAACCAAAUUUUUAUUGCUCCAGAGGACCAAGAGAAGACCAUCUUUACUUGUCCAUAUGUUCUCAAAAGAUGUGCGGAGAUCAAUCUUGUUCUUAAUUUGGAGAAAUGCCAUUUCAUGGUUAAGGAGGGGAUUGUACUUGGGCAUCGAGUUUCUUCUUUGGGUUUGGAGGUGGAUAAAGCAAAAAUUUCUACUAUUGAGACCUACCACCACCAACUAAUGUGA